CUUGUGCGUAUUCAAAUAGUUAUAGCAAGUUUAGUAACUAAUGCGAGUGCCUGUGGGACUCACAACACUAAUUAUGGACAUUUUAAGAAGGAAUAUUUACGGCAUUGACCGACAGAGGGCAGAUAAGAUAGAAUUCGUCAGGUCUAAAGAGAUACCGCAAAACUAGCGAAGAAGACAUGGAACUAGUCUCAUUUCACACUACUCGUCUAUAACACCUACUAAUAACAACUUAAUACCAUGAUGUUUGGUGUUGGUUAAACGGUUAAUGACCGCUUGUGUAGAAAGGAAGCGGCAGACGACACCCAGACAGGACACUGGAGCCAUGGCAGCUGCACAGUCUGUGCUAACGUUUGCAGUGUGCGUCCUCGUGAUAACAGAGCUGAUACUUGCCAAGAAGGACUACUAUGACAUACUGGGAGUGCCUAAAGGGGCCACAGAGCGCCAGAUAAAGAAGGCUUUCCACAAGCUUGCAAAGAAAUAUCACCCAGAUAAGAACAAGAGCCCUGAUGCUGAAGUGAGAUUUAGGGAAAUUGCUGGAGCUUAUGAAACUUUAUCAGAUGAGGCAAGAAGAAGCGAGUAUGAUCAGUUCGGGGACACUGACGCGUACUUCGAUGGGGAGACGCAAGGCAAACACAGACAAGGUGCCCACCAACCUUUCACCUUCAGUUUUAAUGACAUAUUUAAGGACUUUGACAUCUACAGCCAGAACAGACACGCCCGUCACCGAAGACACUUUGAUGAACACUCCAGGUCCCACAGCAGACAUAAAAGACACUUUCAAGGUGGUUUUGGAGCCGGGGUUAUCAAUGAUAUGUUUGAUGAUAUUGAGAGAAUGUUUACUUUUGACAGACACACCAAACAGACUGAAAACCGGUUUCAUGGUACGUCGAAACAGCACUGUAGAACAGUAACGCAACGCAGAGGUAAUAUGGUAACUACUUACACAGACUGCACUGCAUCAUAGGGUGCAAUGUAAAUGGCUUAAUAAAAUGCCUUAAAAGCAUACAACAUAUUUGUAUUUUUCAAGUUGAAGAAAGCCAGUUGGUUCAAAAUACUGUGAAGCGUGAACAUUUGUGUUAAGCACUGACAUUCAGGAAUGACAGGCACUGAAUAAACAGGCAAUUUAGCUUAGUUUUAAAAUGAAAUAAGCUAUCUUUUUCCAACAUAUUUCCAGCAUAUUUUCACUUGUGAGUGAUUGUUGUAGUUUUUUGCUUAGUGGUGAAGUAAGCAGUUUUGUCAGUAUUUUUUCCAAGCACCUUCUUUUGAUAAUGAAGUUUAAAAACAUUAUCUUGUUACAAUUGUGGAAAAAUAAAUAACAUAAAAUUUAAGAAAAAAAUAUAUGUUGCUCAAUAUUGCACAGAAAUGUAUGUGUUACGAGUUCGCCUACCACUAUUUUGUACAGGUUCUUUGUAAAGGGUUUGUUAUUUUAACUCCACAAUCACAUAUACUGGCAGAAACAGUGGCAGCCAGCAGUGUUUUGCUUGCAGCUGUCAAAUGAGCAGAAACAAAAAACCUGUAAACCUCCACAUGUUGGUUUGUCUAACUUGUGUUUUGGAGUUUUUACUUGAAAUAAUAAAAUAUUCUUGUACUCUACAAUGCUGGACCUUUUAUGAACACUAUGAUCAUGAAAUUACAGCCAGUUCAACAUGAAAGAAAUUGGUUGAUAGCUGGAAAGCCAAAAAUACAAGUAAGAGAGGAUUGUUUGGGACUUGGAUUUAAGUGGAAAUUGCUUCAUCUAGCCUCAAGAUAAUUUGUCAGAUACAAAUGAUGUUGAUUCAAAUAAAAUAUGUUUCACAAAGGUUUUGCAGGCCUAGCAGUGGUUCUCUGAUUCACUGAGACCCACAAUGUUUCUGACAUGUAUUACACAACAUACCACAACAAUGUAUUGCCUCCAAUAUUCAUUAAUCAUUAAUAACUAAAGUUUAUAUUUAAAGAAGUCAGCACAAUAGUAUCAGCAAACGCUAGUAUG